CGUCAAUGACCGAAAUCAAGCCUGUAAAUCAUAAUCAUGUGCAUAAAUUAGUUUACGUGUAAACUAAACAAUAUAUAUAAAAUAGUGUUGUGGUUUUGAAACCGAAUAUAUCAUUAUGACACUUACGAGAAGAAUCGGGUUAUUUUGGAAUGGUAUUUUUAUCAUUAUCGUAGUAUUUAUAUGUACUUCAAGUGAAUUUUGGAGAGAAAAUAAUUCACCUUGUAAAAAUCUUGGGACAUUUUGUCGUAAAUUACCAUUUGGUCAAAGAUGCUGUGAUACAACAGUAUGUGAUUUGAAAGCACCCUUUUCUGGCACAUGUGUAAGAUGUUUAGAUAAAGGCAGAUUUUGUUUACGAAGUCGUGAAUGUUGCGAUAAUUAUUGCUUUUUCUUUAGAUGUCGUUGAUUGUAAUAAAGAAAUAACUUGUAAUUUGAUAAACAUACCAAGGUGUUCACGUAAAUACAUAUACAUUUUACC